CAAAAAAAGAGAAGGAUGUCUACUUCCUCUCCGACAGGAGGGGAGGGUAAAGGUGGCGGAAGAGACCCCGUCACCGAGCAGGAGGAGGAGGAGGAGGAGGAGGCGAAGAGGGGGCCUCGACCCCAACAAGUCCUGUCGGGUUCGGGCUUCUGCAAAUGGUUCAACGUCCGGAUGGGUUUUGGUUUUAUCUCAAUGACCAGCAGCGGGGGGAGCCCCRUCGAGCCCCCUCUGGAUGUUUUCGUCCACCAAAGCAAACUGGUGAUGGAGGGUUUCCGCAGCUUGAAGGAGGGCGAGCAGGUGGAGUUCACAUACAAGAAGUCCUCGAAGGGCCUGGAGUCCCUGCGGGUGACUGGACCUGGUGGAGGACCCUGUGCAGGCAGUGAGAGGAGACCUAAAGCCAAGGUCCCGCUCCAGAAACGCAAACCAAAGGGAGAUCGCUGUUAUAACUGUGGAGGUCUGGAUCAUCAUGCCAAGGAGUGUGGCCUGCCCCCCCAGCCAAAGAAAUGCCACUACUGCCAGAGCAUCACACACAUGGUGGCUCAGUGUCCUCACAGGGCGCUGACGCCCCCCUCAGGCUCUCAGGACCCGUAUGCGUCUACCUCGGCCUCCGCGGCAGCGAGCGGGCCCUACCUCUACUCCCCAGAGGAGGAGCAACGCUCCGGCUCGUCUCCCCCGGAGGGAUCCUCCUCUUCCCCCGAGGAGCCCCACACGCAGCGGGGCUCACGGACCCAAAGGUGGAGGAAGUCUUGAAAACGAACCCCUCCCCCMCAGAGGUGAACUCUGAUGGCUAAACCUCCUGACUCUCGCGUUUAAUCUCAAUCAAGGUUACCUGGAAGCCCCGCCCCCACUUCAAUCCACCCCUCAUCUACCUCACACCCGUGGAGAGAAAAAUAUCGAGGUUUUUAUUGUCUUUUAUUUUGAAAUAGUUAUUUUUCUAACCAGCAUGGCUAUGGCAACGAUCAACUGGGUACAAACGUGUGAAUGUGUGUGACUGACUGCAGGGAAUCACUUUUUCUUCUUUCAAUCUGUGCAGCUCAACGGUGAAAUGUAGUUUGUGUUUUUUUUUUCCCUUCCAUUUGAUUCUUUGGACCUAAGGGGCAGCCAUGUUGAUUACCCCUUCCCUAUAUAUAUA